CCCGGAACGGCAUAGAUCUUGGUAAGUAUCAGAUAGACAAAGGCCAAUCGAAAGAUACAGACAGACACAAAGGACUCAGCUUGGACGACCUGUACAGUAGACGAUAGGGGUCAAAUUGUGGGACUUUCAAUCGAAUUUUCAAUUUGCACAUCAAACGUUCGAUUGUCUCGAUUGCGCCUUUCUUGUUCCGACUACCACAACCAUUCAAACGGCCCAAGCUUACACGCCCUUUUGUUCUUUUUUCACCCCCUUUGUAGCAACGAAAAUGCUAUCGAGAAAUUUCAUCUUGGCAGGUCAACGUGCCGCUGCCUCAAGUGCAAGACGUCCAGCUUCAACAAUGGGAGCCGUUCGUCAUUCUUCCAACUUACCUCUUCCUCCAAAGAUUGCAACACCAAAAUCCGUUCAAGGUCCAGCAGGAGGUGAUUCUACACGUAUGGAAUCCGUUGUGGAAUUCUACAAAAGUUUGCCAAAAGGUGAAGCAAAUGCUAAGCGUGGAGGUGGUAUCAAAGGACGCUUCUUUGAUGGAAAGAAUGCAUCGGGUAAACCAAUCGUUUGGACUAUCGGUACCCUUUUGUUGUUGGGUUACUCGCUUGAAUACCAACACUUGAAGCACCACAAGAACUACGAACAUUGAUUGUAGAAUGGGAGUUCGACCCAAAGGUCAAAUAUUAUACAUAUAUAACAUAAUCAG